AUGAUUGGCGGUUAUGGGAUGGCUAGUACUGCAGACGACCUUGCCAAGUAUCUAAGAUUCGUCCUGAGAGGUGGAGUUUUAGAGGAUGGAGAAACAGUUCACGUAAACAGAGAUCUUAUAGAAGACGCCCUAUCACCACAAAUGUUUUACCCAAAUCCAUAUGGUGGAUUCACUGUUGUCGAUGGUUACUCUAUGAGACCAGCUGCCCCAUUUACAAGCCAUACGUAUGCCUACGGGUUGGCAUCAUGGCAUCGUUAUUACAGAGGAUUUCAGUUGGUGCAGCAUACCGGAAGUCACUUCUCAGACACAUUGAUGACUUACCACCCAGAUUUAAAGAUUGGUAUCUACGCUGGUUUAAAUGGCCCAUAUGAGCGAGUAUCAUGGGCCGUUGAAACCAUCGUUCAUGAAUACAUUCUCGAUAUACUUCUUGAUUUGCCGAACUACUUGAACCAAACAACGGUGUGUAGCUUUCCCGCCCCCUGGGGAGAGCCAGUGGAUAUUCCAACGUUUACUGCUAUCCUAGAGGACGUAGCUUCGACGCUUCCGCUGGAGGAAUAUACCAGUGUAUUUGGGCGUGCUGCAUUCGGAUGCAUGCAUAUGACUUUGAAUCGAACCGAUGAUGACACCGAAGUCUUACAGUUUUCUAUGAGUGAGGCCAGAAUGUUCGCAUAUCCGAAAGAAGGACAGGCUCACGAGUUUUGGUUGAAAGGAGUAGAUGAUAUGUACCACUUGUGGUAUACUGGACCUUAUUCAAUUAGAUUUACUGAAUCCAAUGGUCUUAUAAAUGAACUCAUAUAUCAAGGAUUAGAGUUUGAGCGAAUGCCUGAUGACAGUGAGCGAUUGUGUUCGUUUUACCUUACAGGUCAGCAAGACGCGGAUUAGGGCUACUCGGAUGAUACACAAUAAUGGUACC